CUGACUGGCUGCCUCACACCAACACCCGCCCUGCUUCGCUGUUGACAGAGCCCGGAGUCGAAGCGGUCGGAGGCCUUUACGGCUGUGGAAUGCCGGAAAGUGCGUGAGUGCAGCCGCCGGGACGUUUUAUUGUUUUCCAGAUCCCGGGGUCUGGAGGCGGUGAAGAGUGUUUUGGGGCCGGUCUUUCUGUGAGGCGUUUCCAGAAGGAAGGGAGACGCCGGCUACGCGAUUGAGUGAAGUGACUUGACACCCGGGCGGGCUGCCUGGGCCACCACAGCUUAGGCCCGAGUGGGGACGGGGCUCAGUUGGCAAUUUAGAGAAAGGGGUAUGUUAUGUGUAAAAGUGGAUACUUUCCAUAAUAAAUGAAAAUGGCCAAUUCUUUAAGAGGAGAAGUACUGAAUCUUUAUAAAAAUCUGCUGUAUCUUGGGCGAGACUAUCCAAAAGGAGCAGACUAUUUUAAAAGGCGUCUGAAGAGUGUUUUCCUUAAAAACAAAGAUGUGAAGGACCCAGAGAAGAUCAAAGAUCUUAUUGGACGGGGCAAAUUUGUAAUGAAAGAGCUAGAAGCCUUAUACUUCCUUAGGAAAUACAGAGCGAUGAAACAACGCUAUUACUCAGAUAUCAACAAAACUAACUGAUCACUAUUACUAUAAUUUGACUGGAAUUCAAUGCCAGCUGUUUAUGUAUACCAGAUAUGAUAAAAGUAACUAACUUAAAAUGGCAAGAUUUACACGUCAUGUAAAAAAUGCCUGAGCUGCCUUAAUGAACCAAAAUAGGUUUCAACUUCUGUUCACAGAGCUUUAUCAGCAAUCCUUAAUGUUUAAUUUUUAUACAAAACCAGCAAUAUAGCCAACUACCAAUUAAAAAUUAAUGAGUACCCAAUUUUGAAUGAAAAUAUAAUGUACUUAAAAUAAUUUUAAUAAGUUUUUACCAAUUAUUCUUAGCCCAUUUCUCCAUUUUACUGACAAGAGAAUGCCAUUUAAUGCAUGUAACUAAGCAAAAUAAUUUAUUGCACAUUAAUUUUCCUUAACUUUUGAAGGAGUACCAUCUUAUUUCCUUAUUUUUGAAUCUAUUUGAUACAUUAACAGCACACAUUCAAGGUUCACUACAAAACAAAUAGCACAUGGUAAUGAUUUAAGUGCAGUUACAGAAAUAAUAUGUAUGGAGUAAGAUUAUUUCUGAUCUUGAAGUAGGCUGCCAGUGACUGGCAUUAUAUACAUACCUAUUUAAUAUCUCCCAUUAUUAAUUUUGCUGCUGACUCCCUUUAGGUCUUAAAACAAGUCACCUGUUGUGUAUCAAUUACCUUUACUGAUAAAAAGUAAUAAAUAAUGUUAUUCUGUUCUUUCAUCAUAAAGGCA